GCUUUUGCUGGCAGCUGGCAACGCAGCGCCGUGCGCCGCUUGUCUGGCUGGUGACGAGAGUCGUCCACCGAACGGGGGAGCUAUUCGAUAUUAUAUCAAUUUCGGUAAUUGCAUGCUACUGUUUUUCCGCUGUAAUUUCUAUACCUAUGAUUUUGUGCUUUUUGGGGUAGUUGUGUUUCGUGUUAUUAUUGUUUUUUCUUUUGUCUUUGCGUUUUUUAUUCUUAUCUAUUUUAUUGUGUAUUAGUUAACCAUUUUUAUUGGCGGUUUAAAAAAUUUUAAUAAUAAACAAUGGGUAAACGAAAGGAGGGUAAAAAAGAUGUGUAUUAUAUUAAUAAAAAAUCUUUAAAACAGAGAAUGAAACAAGCCCGAUCUAAUAAAAUAAAUAAUUUAAGGUAAGUAUAAAACAGUUUUAACCUAAAUAAAGGUUUAUUAUUUACUUAGGUUUAUUAAAACUUUUUAAUCUUACUUUAUUUUAGAACUGCAUCUGAAACUUUUAAAAAUACUGUUUCUGUUAAAAAUACUGUUUCUGUCGACUAUCUAGAAGAAAAGGCUCGCGAGGAAUCCAGGUUAGUAUAGGAUUUUUUAUAAGCAUUUAGAGAAGUGCCUUUUUUAACUUUUUAAUGUUUUUAAGGUAACUUUUUUGAGUAUUUAGAAUUUACAACAACAUUAUCCUGAAAAAUACAACAUAUUCCAUAGAAAAAUAACUUUCAUUUAUUACAGUAAUGAUUUCAUUUAUUACCCUCGUGUGGUUAUAAUUAUCAAGAUUCUCAGCAACAAAUAUCGCCAACAAUUUUGAAUAAUUAUAGUGAGUUAAAUGUUGAAGAUUCUAUGAGUAUAGAAAAUGAUAAUAAACUUGAAAAUGGUGCUAAAAGUCAAAGCCAACAAGAAAAUAAUUUAGAAUCGGCGAAAAAAAGAAAAAAGUGCAAUGAAUUUGAGAUAGCAGGUAGGCGGAUAUUUGACGUUGAAUAUUUAUUUAAACAAUUUUUAAAUGGGGAACGGCAUAAACCGUUUGACUGCACUCUUGUGGAUAUGGAAUUGAUUAAAGAAAAGAGAAACGGAUUAUAUAGUGAAUUUACACUAAAAUGUAAAAUGUGUAACGUCACUAAAGUAAUUUCAAAUGAAGAAAAUAAAUUUCAACAACUUGAACUAAAUUCUUCAGUGGUUUUAAGCACCAUAUCUACCGGACUAGGCUAUUCACAAAUUAAUGAAGUAGCCGCUUCCAUGAAUAUGCCAUUUAUGUCUUAUAAAACGAUUAGCAGCCACCAUGAGAAAGUGGGUCAUUUGAUUAGGGAAUCCGCAUGGAAGAGUAUGGAAGAAGCUGCCGCUGAAGAAGCUAGAAUCGCAACCAUUGAAGGCGAAGUGGAUAAAGAUGGAAUUCCAUGUAUUACCGUAGUGACCGAUGGGGCUUGGGCAAAGAGAUCCUACAAUGUCAAUUAUGAUUCUUCAUCUGGAGUGGCAUGUAUAGUUGGCUAUAAAACAGGGAAGUUGUUAUUUCUGGGAAUAAGAAAUAAAUUUUGUUCGUUAUGUUCCUGGUACGAAAAUAAAAAAAAAGACGUUCCAAUACAUAAAUGUCAUAAGAACUGGAACGGCACAUCUACAUCGAUGGAAGCUGACAUAGUAUUGGAGGGCUUUAAAAGAAGCAUGGAGCUUUACAAUUUAAAAUUUACAAAAAUGAUUGGUGAUGGAGAUUCCUCGGUCCACCGAAAAUUAUUGCAAUCAAAGCCUUAUGGUAAUAUGUUGGUGCAAAAGGUGGAGUGCAGGAAUCAUUUGUUGCGAAAUUUUGCCAAGAAAAUUCGAGAAAUAUGUAAUAAAAAACGAAGUAAUUCUAAAAAUGUACCUGUACCAUUGGCGUUAAGAAAAGAGGUUUUGAACAGAUUUUUAAGAUUAAGAAGUGCGAUAACAAAAGCCACCACUCACAGAAUCGCAGAAGACACCACGAUGGACCAAAAAAUUAAAUUGCUAAGGGGUGACAUCUCUAAUGCCCCAAGUCAUGUAUUUGGGGAACACGCCAGAUGUAAAGAAAUUAAUUAUUUCAAGUGUGAUAAUCCAAAUUACACAAAUUUAGUGCCAAGUAUGCAGACUUGUGGAAUUUAUGAAGACAUCUUAGUAGCUUUGCAAAGAAUUAUAGAUAAUGCAAGCAGCCUAAUCCUCAAUAUGGACAAUAACCUCGCUGAGCAUUAUAACAGUAUUGUUAGCAAAUUUGUUGGUGGCAAGCGUAUAAAUUUUUGCAAACGAGGUUCAUAUGAAGCUCGCUGUGAGGCAGCUGCAUUGUCAUUUAAUUCUGGUGGUAGCUAUUAUGAAAUCCUUCAUAAAACCGCAAUAGGCACAAGCCCUCGUUCCUUUACUAAGCGGUAUAUUCAGAGAUGUAAAAAGAUAAGGCUGUUUUAUCAAACUAAAAGACUGCAAAAAACAUUAAUUUCAAAAAAAAAAAAUAAGAAAAGAAAACAAACUCUUCCUGAUAAGGAUUAUUGUCCUGACGCCCAUUACAUUUCUUUAGAAAUAAACAGUGACGUUUUUAUCUCGAGGAAAAAAGAAAUCUUAAAAGAUAUGAAAAAAAGUCCAGAGGAAAUAAAACAUAUUGAAAAUUCUACAAUUGGCCAGGCUUCUAAUCCAAAAUGGAUACAAGAAAGAUCACAGCGGAUUACUGCCUCAAAUUUUGGCAAAAUAUGUAAAAUGCGGGCAAAAACCUCGCCAUGUGGUGCAAUAAAAACGAUGCUGUAUGGAAAUUUUAGCGGCAAUAAUGCUACAAGAUAUGGAAGUGAAAGCGAGGCCCGAGCAAUUUUAGAAUUUGAAAAUGAAUUUAAUUUAAAAGUGUCUCGAUGUGGAAUUUUUAUAGGUGAACAAGAAUAUUAUUUGGCAGCGAGCCCUGAUGGUUGCAUUAAUGAACAUGAUUUGGUAGAAGUUAAAUGCCCAUUUAGCAUUACCAACAUGACUCCAACCGAAGCAAUAUUAUCAAAAAAGAUCACAUUCGCUACAUUGGAAAAUAACCACCUACAUUUGAAAAAAAACCACAAUUAUUACUACCAAGUUCAGGGGCAGUUAGCUAUAGCUAACAAGCAAUCAUGCUAUUUUAUUAUUUGGAGCCCUCUUGGCAUGUUAGUUGAACAGUAUUCUGUAUUUUUUUAGAUUGGCCGUGACGAACAAUUUUGGGAGGAACAAAUGUUACCAAAAUUAAAAGCCUUCUACUUCAAUUUUUUAUUACCAGAAAUAGUUGACCCGCUUUAUCCAAAAGGGCUGCCUAUCAGAACUUAAAAUUCUUCCGUUGGCGAAAAACCUGUCAACUGAAUCGAUGCAGAAGCUUAUUAAUUUUUUUUUUAUUUAUUUCCUAAUAUGUAAAAACCUUAAUAAAUAUGUAUAUACGU